AUUUUAUAUUUAAUUAUAUAGUCUCCUUUUGUAAAAAAUGGGAGUGUGUACAUCUACCAAUCAAAGUGGUCUUCCGAUAAAUAAUACUUAUUUAAAAAACAAUAAUGAAUAAUAUUACGAUAGUUUAGAACCUCCAUGUUUUGAGGAUAAGAAAAUUAAUGGCGAUAGCCCUAAUUCAGAGAUAUGUUUAUUAGACACAGAUGAGCUACAUUAAAAUUCUGAAAAAGCUACACAAGAAUAAAGUUAAAGGGAGUUUGUAAAUAGAAUUGUUAGUGUUCAUGACUCACCUAAUUCAAAAAGAUACUAUUUUGUUUAUGAUCAAUUGUACAAUAUAAAACGUAAGGUACCAAAACUUAAAAGUAUUCAUCAAAGUACUUUGAUUCAAAAACGUAAGUAAUACAUACUUUGA